AUGAGCGGCGGCGGAGCCGGAGGGAAGGGGGCUAUGGUGGCGGCGGCGCCCGUCCCGGUCGGGUCCAGGAAGCUGGUGCAGGGCCUCAAGGAGAUCGUGAACCUUACGGAGGCGGAGAUCUACGCUGCACCGCGCGAGUGCGGCAUGGACGCCGCCGCCUCGUCUCCCAAGAUAGUAGUCUUAGAUGUUGAAGUCUUUGUAGUAUUAGAUGUAGGAGCUGUGAGUGGUGUUACAAAUGUCCACUAUUCAUUUAGGGUUUCUAGAUUUCCUGCAAAUGCUAUUAGUGACGUGCUCAAGAAUGUUUGCUUUGGAUUUAUGGAUAUGUUCUGGCUUGCUGAGCUCAUGGCUUUGCUGGCAAUAUACUUUCCAAGAGUUCCUCUGCAAACAAACAUAUGGUUACUGAUGGACCAGUAUCAUUGCAAUCAUCGUCUGGGUUUCAGCAUGGUGGUUGAUCUGGGAUACCUGGGCAAGGCUUCUAGCAAACCUGUGGUCACAGCUGACAGAGGUUAUGCUGGACAGUACCCAUCUUUGCCAAACACAAACCAGAACCUGAAACAAUCUGUAAGCAUGGUUCCCCCAACAGAGCUUGACAAGGGGUUACAACCUGCCCAAGAUUCGGUUCAGGUUAAGAAUCAUGGUCAUUCUGCUGCUGACAGCAAUCUCCCAUAUGGUACUGAUUGGUCUCCGCAAGACGACCCAACAUCCCUUCCUGGUGAUCCGUCCUUCACCUUUGCAAUGAGACCAGCACCUGCCUCAGAGAGACACUUGGAACCUAGUGAUGGUAUUUCUGAAUACAAUGAUGGAAUGUUGAACAACUCAAGUUCCUAUCAGCCUCAUAAUUACUCUUACACAGAACAAGAAGAAUGUGUCAGUUUGAGCUUUGGCAGUUUUGGAUCUGGUGCGUUUUCUGGGCUACUCCCACGAAAGGCCACGGAUAGAAAUGUGGAAUUCCCUGCUCGAGAGGAAUCUGCACCAGUAGAUCAAAUAGAUGCCAGGAAUCAAGAUUACUAUGAAAGUGGUGCAGUAACUUCGCAAGCAGACGAAAAUCUUGAGGCCAUGCUGGGAGCCAACAUGGAGAAUGUCGAUGCGCCUUCUGUUUCACAGGCUAAUGAGCUCAGGCAGGCCGUACUUGAUCCUUCUGGACUUCAAUAUGAUGUGCCAUCAGUUUCAAGUCAUGCUUAUUCAAACACGAACGCUUCACAGCCUAGCACAAUGGAGGAUCCACAAGGAAACAACCAAGCACAUACUCUUUCCCAUUUGUCAAACUUGAUGAUUAAAGAGGUUCCUGAGACAAGAUAUCGAUCGGAAAAUAGUUCUACUAAUCGAGGCCUUAGAAGCAGUGCAGAUCGUGGUGGACAGAGCAAUUCUGUGCACUCUAGCUCUACUGAUAACAUGACCUCAAGGCCACCAGUCUCAGGGUCUGGUACGACAUCAGUCAGAGGCAAGCAAUUGCAAGGUAGACAGACUUGA